CACAAAAAGGGAGGCGGAGAACAGAGACCGCGUUGGCUGGCGGUGUUGGGAGGCGAGCGUGUGUCGUCAGCAAAACUUCACAAACAACAACAACAAACCACACACACACACACACACACACACACACACACAAGACAAACACACACACACACAUACGCACACAAAGCCAUGUCGCGCUCGUUCAAGGUUGACGACGUGUGGGCUGUGACGACCAACAAGCAGCACAUGCUGGAGUCACGCUGCCACUUCCAGUGCGCCUCCAAGCAAUCGAGUGGCAGCAACGAUGAACACCAGCAACAACACCAGCAGCAACAGGCACCUGCAAGUUCAACGGCCUCCCUAGCGUCCGCUGACGUCCUCGAUCACGGCUCCUCCGCACAGCGCCCAGAAGCACAAGCAACGGAAGCACAAGCAACGGAAGCACAAGCAGCGCAAACACAGCACAAGGUGUUUCGUGUUGGCGGGCCACAGCAAGGGAGCAAAGGAGAGCAAGGCCCCGUGGAGAAGCGAGGCAAGCGCAUGGACCUCCUGACACAGCUGGUGCAGCAGCCGGAGGCGGGGCAGCUGUGCGACUUUUGCCAGUUUGAGCAGGCAGUGCCCUUCCCAUUGCCGGAGGAGGUGUAUUCGCGCAACCACGUGACGCUGUGGGCGGGGAAAGAUCACAGCGUGCGCUUUGACGCGCUCGGUGCGCUGCAGGGCGUGCAGGAUGUGCAGGGCGAGCACGAGCUGCCGCAGGUGUCCUACGCCAAGGAGUGGAAGCACGCGCGGCGCGGCCGCGCAGACAAGCUGACGCCGGUCAAGCCGUACGACUGGACAUACAACACCAGGUUUGCAGGCUCGCUGCACGGCUCGUGGCUGGUGGAGCCGACGGAGGAAGGCAUCGACUUCAACCUCCUCCGACAGCCGGAAAAGAUCCUGUUCCAGGAGCACGUGUUCCUGCUUGCCGACGACUACAGCGACAACGGCAUCAUGCACAUGGAUGUGCGCCUGCGCGCCAUGCCCUCGUGCUUGUAUCUCCUGCAGCGGCAGUUUAUUCGGGUGGACCACGUCAUGGUGCGCAUCCACGACACGCGCGUGUUCAAGCGCACGGGCUGCAACCACCUCAUUCGGGAGUGCUCCACACACGAGGUGGACAUCCCACACCUGGACCGCACCGCCCCCGCGCUGCCGGAUGGCCGGCCGCUGCACGUGCUCUGCACUCCGACCGACGUUGGCCGUGCCAUGCAGCACUUUCGCCGCACCCGCUUCGAACGCUCCAAACUCACCCCUCAAUGAGCCAGCUUGAUGUGUGUGUGUGUGUGUGUUGGGGGGGGGGGUUGUGGUUGUGGUUGUGGUUGUGUGUGUGUGCGUGUGCGCGCGCGUGCGAAUGUGUGUGUAUGUGUGUGUGUCUGUCUGUCUGUCUGAAUCACUGACUACCACGCAUGCACACGCACACAUGCACACACACACAUACUGCCCUGGUGCUUUGUGUUUGUGUGUACACUCCCUUUCUGGGUCUCCGUCUGGUCUAUCAGUGCGUAUUUGUAUGCACACGUGUGUAUCUGUGUAGCAACGUGUAGCGCCCCGUUUCUUUCCCAUGUUGUGAACUACUAAUCAAGCCUGUACCCUUGCUGAUUCUCACCCUGCAAUACACGCAAGGGGAUGAUUGGAUGAUUGGUGG